AUGGUCAACACUUCGGGACGUUUUGCUGGUCAGAAGGCCCUCCUCCUGACCCCCCAGCUGAAGGAGAAUGACACCCACUGCGUAAUCUUCGAGUACUUCCUGUCUGGCCGCGAGGGGGCGGGACCGGGGCAGCUCAACGUGUACAUCAGAGAGAACAACAGUCCACUGGGCAUGCCCGUCUGGAACGUGUCUGGGCCAGCUACUAGAGCCUGGGUACAGGUAGAACUGGCCAUCUCUACCUACUGGCCUAACUUCUAUCAGGUGAGAAGAUUUCACCUGAACACCCCUCACUUCCUGACCAUAAAGGGUGUAGAGGUGAACGCUGGACAGACGGCCGCCUUCCACUGUACUGUCAACGGACGACAGAGAGACAACUUCAACCUCUGGUUACAGGGUAUUGGUGGACGCGAGGCCCCUAUGAAGUCCACUAAGCCGUGGAACAACAGACGCUUCAUCGGGACCUUCGACGUGGAAAACACCACUAAGGGAGACUCAGGACGCUACCGAUGCAUAGUCCACUCUGACAACGGGGUUGGAGUUUCCAACUAUGGAGAACUCACCAUAAAACAGCCUCCUGUGCCCAUCGCUCCCCCGCAGCUGACAGCGGUCGGCGCCACCUACAUGUGGAUCCAACUCAACGCUAACUCCAUCAACGGAGACGGGCCAAUCAUCGACCGAGAGGUGGAGUACCGUACCGUGUCAGGGACCAUGUAUGACCUGCAGCCUGUGGACAAGACCACCCAUAAGAUAGGUCACCUGACACCAGACACAGACUAUGAGAUCAGUGUGCUGUUGACCAGGCCCCUGGAUGGAGGGACUGGGGCCCCCGGGCCUCCUCUCAGGGCCAGGACCAAGUGUGCCGAGCCAAUCCACGCUCCCAGACGUCUGGAGGUAGUUGACGUCCAAUCAAAACAAGUCACCAUUCGCUGGGAGCCGUUUGGCUACAACGUGACGCGUUGUCAUAGCUACAACCUAACGGUGCAGUACCGCUCCCGCGUGGCGGGGAAGGACGAGACCCGGGAGGAGGUGUGUUACGACACCCUGGGUCGCGACCCCCAGCACACCAUCCACAACCUGACUCCCUACACCAACCUGUCAGUCAAACUGGUCCUCAAGAACCCAGAGGGGGUCAAAGAGAGCCGAGAGAUGGCGCUGCAGACGGAUGAAGAUGUACCCGGAGCGGUACCUCUGGACUCCAUCCAGGCCAGUGCUUAUGAAGAGAAGAUGAUCCUGAAAUGGAGAGAACCGGCCCAGACCUACGGAAUCAUCACUCAGUACGAGGUAAUUCAGCCAAUCCACGCUCCCAGACGUCUGGAGGUAGUUGACGUCCAAUCAAAACAAGUCACCAUUCGCUGGGAGCCGUUUGGCUACAACGUGACGCGUUGUCAUAGCUACAACCUAACGGUGCAGUACCGCUCCCGCGUGGCGGGGAAGGACGAGACCCGGGAGGAGGUGUGUUACGACACCCUGGGUCGCGACCCCCAGCACACCAUCCACAACCUGACUCCCUACACCAACCUGUCAGUCAAACUGGUCCUCAAGAACCCAGAGGGGGUCAAAGAGAGCCGAGAGAUGGCGCUGCAGACGGAUGAAGAUGUACCCGGAGCGGUACCUCUGGACUCCAUCCAGGCCAGUGCUUAUGAAGAGAAGAUGAUCCUGAAAUGGAGAGAACCGGCCCAGACCUACGGAAUCAUCACUCAGUACGAGAUCUCCUUCAAGGCAGUGAGCUCCUUUGAUCCUGAGCUGGAUCUAUCCAACCAGAGUGGGAAAGUCCUGAACCACGUCAACGAAAGCAGCCACAUCUUCCUGGGUCUCUACCCAGGAUCUACCUACUCCUUCACUCUCAGAGCCUCCACCGCCAAGGGCUAUGGCCCCCCAGUCAUCACACAGUUCACCACCAAGAUAUCAGCUCCCUCCAUGCCAGCCUAUGACCAGGAGACAUCUCUGAACCAGACAGACAGCACAGUGACUGUCCUGCUGAAACCUGCACAGAGCCGAGGGGCACCUGUCAGGUAG